AUGGUUACACGCUACUUCUAUCGAGCGGGGAUAUCUGGCCAAAUUAGUCUGGUCUGUUACCGAAGCAGUCCUGAUACAAAUGCUGAUUUGAGCUUUGGAAGGCUUCCCGUACAUCUGCCAGGAGCUGGGAUAGAGUCAUCCACCUCCUUCUCAGAUGGUACAAUCAGUGGAGAAUACGAGGAACAAGAAUACAAGCAGUUGCCUCAGAGCAACGCCAAUGCAACAGGGUUAUAUUACUGCGAGGGAUCAAAGGGAGACCAGGCAACGCGGGUGUACAGCAGUGUCUUCAACUACUACAGUUGGUAUUAUCCAGGCAGUCGAAAUGAAUUACUGCUGACGAAGACCAUCAGCAAAGGGGAAAAUGUCACUCUGUCUGUGCAAAGUUACCGCGCGAGCACCACAUAUUAUGCGUCAUGGCGUCGGAUCAGGGAUGGGGUCGUUACCAAUUUAACUGACUACGAUAGAAUGAGUACAAUAACGAUACCUCCCAGCCAGGCCAAGCAUGGAGACGUGUAUGCUGUCGUGGAUUCUCGUUAUUCACUCAGUGAUAACAAGUUCACCCUGAUAAGACUCAUCGUAAGAGGCUGUGUUGCAGGUAAAUGGGGUCCUCCCACCUGUGACGGUGUCUGUGAUCUGUGCUACAAUGGAGGAGUGUGUGAUGAUAAGACAGGAGAUUGUAUCUGCCCACCAGGAUUCAUGGGACCAAACUGCCUCACAGCCUGCCCAACAGGUUACUUUGGCUGGGAUUGCGAGUAUAGAUGUGGCAGUAAUCCAUUUAUUGGCUCGUGUAGUAACGCUCAGUUUGGUUUACCAGACCCCUUCGGCAUCACCUGCGUCACUGGUUAUCGUGGCUAUGCAUGCAGUAAUUCUUGUCCUUCCGGACGUUUCGGUGCCGAAUGUCUUCAGGAGUGUCACUGUCCAAGCAAUGACUGUUACCGAUAUACAGGAGUGUGUAGCUACGCUGGCUGCGCGGAAGGAUGGUCUGGUACAAAUUGUCAAAUUCCAGAUAUUUGCCCCGUUGGUUAUUAUGGUCUCAACUGCCUGAGUAAAUGCCGUUGUCUAGGCGAUGCAGCAUGCGACAAGGACACUGGAUACUGCAGCGUGGGAUGCGCCCCAGGAAUCACCUGUGUAUCAAGGCAAUGUGAGGCUGGUUACUUCGGUGAAGACUGCAGGAAGGAAUGUCACUGUCUGGAUGACGCAGCAUGUGAUGGUAUCACAGGAUCCUGCCAAAGCGGUCGGUGUCUCGAACAGUUUCAGACGGAUGAGACUGGAAUAUGCAAGUUUGUUCUACCUGUUCUAAGCCAGCCCCCCGAGGUAAGAGUGAAAUCCACUUCAGCUGUUGUCACCUGGAAGGCGUGGGGUUCUCAUCCCAUGGACUCUGGAGAUGGGCCUAUCAUCGGGUAUGAAAUCUACCAGUCCGUCUACUCCAGUAGUUCUCAGAAUCAGGCUUUCUACAUUUCGGCGAUUUACCAACCUCCAAACUCAUUCAGCUUCAAUUUCGAAUCACUGCAACAAUUGACCGUGUAUAACUUCAGCGUGGCCGCGGUGCGUGAGGGGGAAGGAGGGGAAGGCCCGAGGAGCCCUGUCACAACAAUCAGAACUGAACCUCAAGGUAUGAACAAAAGUAUUUCCCCUUCGGCAACAAUUGCUGGAUCCAACCUUGGUCUGAUUGUCGCCGUCUGUGUCCUCGUUGCGGUGAUUGUGAUCGCUGUGGUUGUGGAUUAUCUGCGAUUCCGAAGGCUCAGCAGAGGUUUGAGUUCCAAAAAUCGGGCCGAGGGUGGCGGUCUGAACAUGGUAAGUUUGAUGACAGUCUAUGACAAUCCAAUAGCAAAAGAGGAACCAGCAAGAAUGUCCGUGCACAUGGAGGGCUAUGAAGACAUGGGAAACGAGGAUGCCAGCUCGGCAUACGAGAACGUGGCUCAGCCUUGGUCGGAGUCCUUGAUUAUUCCAAUUGGCCGGCUGUCGAUUGGUUACAAGGUGAUCGGCACCGGUCACUUUGGGGAGGUGCGUAUGGCCACCGUGAUCUUAGAUGACGGGCAGUCUAAAGCUGCAGUCAAGCAACUCAAGUCGAACUCGUCAGCGGGUGAUAGGCACAGAUUCAUGGAGGAAUAUCGAACUCUAUCCGACAUUGGAGCCCAUCCUAACAUCGUCAACAUUCUCGCCGUUUGCUUCGAUGAAGGUAUUGUGUAUGUGGCCCUGGGGUACCAGCCAAAUGGUGACCUGCGUUCCUACCUGAGAAAUGCACGAUCCCCGGCGGACGAUAGUCGUUCGUCUAUGGCGGAUGUGAAACUGCUUCAGUUUGCUGUGGGCGUGGCCAAAGGAAUGCAACACAUUGCUGCAUCUGGAGUUAUCCAUCGUAAAUUGGCUGCACGAAACAUUCUCCUCGAUGACAACCUGGUUGCUAAGGUAUCUGGGUUUGGACAAGCAAGAUGCGCGGAGGCCAUAGUCGAGAAAUCCAAGGUGUCUCUUCCUCCACGCUGGCUGUCUUUUGAGUCACUGAAAACCAACACCUACACCUCAAAGAGCGACGUGUGGUCCUUCGGAAUUCUCCUCUGGGAAAUCGCAACCCUGGGUGCGACUCCGUACUCCGGCAUCACAUCUGCUAGCUUGGCGACCAGAUUUGAAAAUGGAUAUCGCAUGCCUAAGCCAUCCAACUGUGAUAGCGAAAUGUACGAACUGAUGUUGCAGUGCUGGAAGGAGGAUCCGAAAGACAGACCUCCGUUCAAGAGACUGGCUUCAGUCCUCGGCACGAUGGCUCACAGCCACAAACAGCAGAGAUACAUACAGAUGCUUCCCAAGUCCGAGUCCCAGCAUUACUUGAACAUCCGACCCGAUCAGGAUGACAACUAGGAUGAAAUGUGAAGGUAGAGGAGAGAGAGAUCUGAAAAUAUGCCUAAAUCAUCAAAGACUCUUUCGCAAGAACCAUGUUAUGUGGAUGUUAUAAUUAGCUGCAGUAUGUGUUGAAAGAGCUAACAUGUUAAAGCGCAUCGCUAACGCCUGUAUAAUUUGCUGUAAUGUGAUCUGUGAAAACACUGCAUUUUUUGUGAAUGUCAAGAUUUUAGAAAUAGAUCUAGAGUACACUCAAUUAACUAGUAAUGUUUGCCUUUUUUCUUCUUCUUUUUUUUUGAAAAAGUAAACUAAAGGCCCAGGAAAUUAAAUCGCUAGUCUUGUUUGUGUUAUAAUAACAGGUGUCACAACAUUUACCAAAAUGCAGAUUUUUCAAAGGCCACAUAGCUUUUGUAGCAAGUUAUGAUAAUUUACUCAGAGAACAUAUAUUGUAGCUUGUUGUAUUAACUUUGCAUACAAUUAGUUAGUUGUUAUACAUGUUUAAGUGAGCAUUGGAAUAUGUUUAGGUGGUGGUAUUAUGUUGAAGUUGAAAGUUUGGACAAUUAAAAUUUUGAAAAAGUUUGUAAGAUGCUUGUGAAUACAUUUUUAGUUCAGAGUAACAUUAAUACAUUUUGAAGUGUACAAAAUGUUAAAGAUUACUUCGGGAACUUCUCGAACAAUACUUGUAGAAAUAAUUACCAAUUUAACAUAUAUAUGACUUGAAGCUUAGCAUGGCGGAUGACAUAAA